AUGGAGUCAGGAAAGAGUACAUUGAUCGAGGGCAUGAAAAAGUAUGCAAACCCCAACUACAGCGUCUGUAAAUUGCUUACAGGAAACGCCAAUCUUUCACACACCGAUUGCACAACCAACUGGACCAUCGUCACUGAACUACCUCGGUGCAAAGUCGUGCAAACAAAAUGGCCACCAAAGGAGGUUCCGUCAGACGUUGCUCAGCUCAUGGCCGUGGGCGAUAUGAAGGAGUAUGAGGACGAACUGGACGAGCGCAAUUGGAUCGAAAUGGUUCGGCCAGAGAUAAUGUACCCGUCCUCUGGAACUACAUUCCGGAUCAUUGAUACACCUGGAUUUAAUGAUACGGAAGGCAGGGACGAGUUGCACCUUUCUCGGAUUUAUGACGCCGUUGUUGCCGCUGGAUCCAUCGACCUCGUCCUAACUGUCAUCAGCAACGAACCGUUAACCCAGGAACUCCAGGAAGCGCUGAAAACCUACGCCAACAUGUUCCCCGAGUUACGACCCGCCUUUGCGUUCGUUCACACCAAAGUCAAGUAUCAGGACCUGCAUCUAGACAACCAAACAUCCAGGAACAAUAUGAGGGAGAGGCAAAAGUUGGUGGAAAGCCUUAUGGGUCGAAGCAACUUGCGUCAUUUUCUGAUCGACUGCGACUUGGAUACCACCAGACCUAUUCGGAUGUGCCUCACCAACAACAUCAUACGCGACAUUCUCAACUUGAGCAUAAGCAACGAGUCUGUCUUCAUUGCAACCCGCGACAUCAACGAGACCCCGCGGAUGAGAGAAUUCGACCACCGGUUCAAGAAAAACUUCAAGCUCCGCGGUGAGAGGCGCUUUACGCAUUCUGGAAAUAUAGCCGUAUCUGUGCUCGAAAUAUCCCACAUCGUCCCUAUCAUCGUCGCUGUCGUCGUCGCUGUCGCCGUCGUCGUCGUCACCAUCCGUCCCCCACCGUGA